AUGUCAAGCAAAUGGAAGAUGGAAAGUCUUGAAGAUUACCAUUUCUGGUUGCCCAAGUUCACUGGAAAAACAGUUGGUAUCCUCGGUUUGGGAAGAAUCAGCAAAGCAGUUGCCAAGAGAGCUGAGGCUUUUAGCUGUCCCAUCGCCUACUUUUCCAGAACAGAAAAACCAGAUUUGAAGUACAAGUAUUAUCCUACUGUUCUGGAAUUGGCCUCAUACUGUGUUGUUCUAGUUGUUGCAUGCUCACUUACUGAAGAAACCCGCCACAUCAUCAGUCGUGAAGUCAUUGAUGCUUUGGGGCCAAAGGGUGUUCUCAUUAACAUUGGGAGGGGCCAUCAUGUUGAUGAGCCUGAGUUGGUAAUUGAUGAGAAUGAUGAACAAUCCGAGGUUGCAGACUGGAUUAAAAUUAAGACGGUCCCCCUCUUCCAUUUCUAUAAAGAUGGUGUUCUCUUGGAAGCAUUCCCAACUAGAGACGAGGAGAGGAUCACUGUGGCAAUUCGUAAAUACACAUCUCCUGCAACAUCUGAAUUGAUUUGA